CAGCACUGACAUCUCUACAUGUCCUCCGCAGAGAACACACUGUCUUCCUUUGGAUUCUGUACAAAUAAACUUUUUAGAUGCAGCAUAUUUUGGGGGUUAUAUUGUGAACCCUCCCCCGAUAUGCCAGAUUUGGUUGAGUCCAGGGUUCCAGUAGAUCCAAGAUGGCAGACCAAGCGGGGAUGUGCUGAAGUUCACUUUUAACUCCAAACGCUGGAGCUUGUUAUCCUCCAAUCCUCCGGUCGGAUCGGUGUCUGGUGAGACCGAAUGCUGGCUGUAGAUGUCAUGUCGCGGUGCAAACCUCAUCCCAACUACAUGGGUCCUCUGGAUCAACGGGUUUUCAGACCCUGCAGUGUUUUCCAGGUGUCUUUCUGGGAUGUCCAGGCUCGGGGGCCUGAGGGGGCUCAGCCCUGAAGCACAGAGAGACUACACAAGCCUCUACAGAUGGACGCAUCCACAUGUAGAGACACCUGCACAGCUGCUUGAGAGAGAGAACUGACCAAUCAACAAACUUCUCCCUCUUCGGUCGCCUAACAUUUGACAUUCCAUCCAUCAAACAAUCAUCCAUCCUUCCGUUUUUCCAUUCAGUCGUCUAGAGUGUGCUAGAAGUGGAGAGCAGGUAACGGAUGAUGCUGGCCAUAGUGACCUAGUGUAAAUGGCUAUUCCUCAGCACAGAUCAGUGCCAGUAUCGACUGCUCAAUCUUCCUCCUCCACUCCCCCCUCCUCUCCCCCCUCCUCUACCUCUCUGCUCUCCUUCCCUGUUCACCGCUGCCGCUCGCUGCCCGGUCCCGCCUCUCCCCUCCAACACCAUGGUAGGUGCAGGCUUGGGCGUGUGGAAGCUAAUGCGAGGUGUCCGCCAGCUGGAGCUCCACCGCCUCAUCCUGGCACUUAUCAUCUUCUGCUUACUGUCCAUGGCCUUCCUAGCUUACUAUGUCUCCAACAGCCCCAAAAUCAAGGAGGCCCCCCCUUUGCCCUUCAGUGACUGUGGCGGAGGAGGGGGGAUGUCGCCGGGAGCGAGCACCGGAACUGCCGGAGGAGGGCCAGGUGUCCAGAGGGCACCGCUUUUCCUCCCCCAGCGCCAAGGCAGACUACGGCAGGUAAAGGCGGUGGACAACUCCAGGACAGAGCCCGUGGUUCUGGUGUUCGUGGAGAGCAUCUACUCCCAGCUGGGCCAGGAGAUUGUAGCCAUAUUAGAGUCCAGCCGCUUCCACUACCGGACAGAGAUUGCUCCUGGUAAAGGAGACAUGCCCACAUUAACGGAGCAUAACCGUGGGCGCUACACACUGAUCAUCUAUGAAAAUGUGUUGAAAUAUGUCAAUCUGGAUGCUUGGAACCGCGACUUGCUGGACAAGUACUGUGUUGAGUAUGGAGUAGGCGUCAUUGGCUUUUUUAAAGCGAAUGAAAACUCUCUCCUCAGUGCACAGCUCAAAGGUUUCCCCCUCUUUCUACACUCACACCUGGGACUCAGGGACUACCGCAUCAACCCCAAUGCUCCUCUACUCUACAUUACCAAGCCCAACCAGGUGGAGCAAGGCUCUCUACCAGGGGAUGACUGGACCAUUUUCCAGUCCAACCACUCUACCUAUGAACCAGUGCUUCUGGCCAGCACCAAGUCCUCUGAGGCACUGGCACAUUUUGGACCCAGCCCCUUGCGGGCUCUCUACGCCACCGUGGUCCAGGACUUGGGGCUCCACGAUGGCAUUCAAAGGGUUCUCUUUGGAAACAAUCUCAACUACUGGCUUCACAAGCUGGUGUUUGUGGACUCCAUUGCCUACCUGACAGGGAAGAGACUGUGCUUGUCUUUGGACCGCCACAUCCUGGUGGACGUAGAUGAUAUAUUCGUUGGCAAGGAGGGAACCCGUAUGAAGGUGUCGGAUGUGGAGGCAUUGCUCAACACUCAAAACAAGCUGAGAGCGCUGGUCCCUAAUUUCACCUUCAAUUUGGGAUUUUCAGGAAAGUUCUAUCACACAGGAACUGAUGAAGAGGAUCGGGGAGACGACAUGCUGCUCCAGCACAGGAUGGACUUCUGGUGGUUCCCUCACAUGUGGAGCCACAUGCAGCCUCACCUCUUUCACAACGUCAGCGUCUUGGCAGAGCAGAUGAGGCUCAACAAGAUCUUUGCUCAGGAGCAUGGCAUCCCAACAGACAUGGGCUAUGCAGUGGCUCCGCACCACUCUGGGGUUUACCCAGUUCACAGCCAGCUCUAUGAGGCCUGGAAGUCUGUGUGGGGCAUCAAGGUGACCAGCACUGAGGAAUACCCUCAUCUGAGGCCAGCUCGAUACCGCCGCGGCUUCAUCCACAAUGGGAUCCAGGUGUUGCCCAGGCAGACAUGUGGUCUGUUCACCCAUACAAUCUUCUAUAACGAAUACCCAGGAGGCUCCAAGGAGCUGGACAAGAGCAUCAGAGGAGGAGAGCUCUUCCUCACGGUCCUCUUAAACCCUAUCAGCAUUUUCAUGACACACCUGUCGAACUAUGGCAACGAUCGUCUGGGUCUGUACACCUUUGAGUCUCUGGUGAAGUUUGUCCAGUGUUGGACCAACCUCAGGCUGCAGACACUGCCCCCCGUCCGGCUCGCUGAGAAGUACUUCCAGAUCUUCCCUCAGGAGAGAGACCCUCUCUGGCAGAACCCUUGUCAUGACAAGAGACACAAAGAUAUCUGGUCUAAAGAAAAGACCUGUGACCGCCUCCCCAAGUUCCUCGUGAUUGGACCACAGAAAACAGGCACUACAGCGCUUCAUUCAUUCCUGAGCCUGCACCCAGCCGUCACCAGCUCCUUCCCGAGCCCCACUACAUUUGAGGAGAUCCAGUUCUUCAGUGGAGCAAACUAUGACAACGGGAUUGACUGGUACAUGGACUUCUUCCCGUUCCCUUCCAAUGUCAGCACAGAUUUCAUGUUUGAAAAGAGCGCCAACUACUUUGACACCGAGGCGGUGCCGAAGAGAGCUGCUGCCCUGCUCCCCAGAGCCAAAGUCCUGGCAGUGCUCAUCAACCCGUCUGACAGGGCCUACUCCUGGUACCAGCACCAGAGGGCCCACCAGGACCCUGCAGCGCUCAACAACACUUUCCAUGCUGUGGUGACAGCAGGCCCCUCUGGCCCCAGGGACCUGCUGGCCCUCCAGAGACGCUGCCUUCACCCGGGGGCCUACGCUCCUCACCUGGAGCGCUGGCUGCAACACUACCAGCCCAGCCAGUUGCACAUCGUGGACGGGGCGCUGCUGCGGUCCAACCCGGCUCUGAUGAUGGAGGGAAUCCAGAGGUUCCUCGGUGUCACUCCCAUCUUCAACUACACCCAGGCUUUAAUGUACGAUGACAGCAAAGGAUUCUGGUGUCAGCGGGUGGAAGGAGGUCGAGCCAAGUGUCUGGGGAAGAGUAAAGGCAGGAAGUACCCAGAGAUGAGUCCUGAGUCACGUGCCUUUCUGGCCGGGCACUACCGUGAGCACAACAUGGAGCUGCUGCGUCUGCUGAACCGACUUGGCCAUGCGCUGCCGUCCUGGCUCCGCCAAGAACUCCAGAGCACGAGCUGGAGCUGAGGCCACACCCCCUCACGCACACAGACGGACAAACGCACCACAGAAGAAGCCAGGACCGGAGUCUGGAUGAGCCCGCACUUGGCUCUGGAUUAAACUGGACUAGAUGAUCCGGAAUCAACAGGAGCAAAAGAGCUGAUGUUACUGGGGCUCCUGUUCAACAUGAGAUCUUCCUCAAAGUGUUGGUCACUGUUUGAAAAGGAUCCCAGCCAACUCUCCAUGCAACCCCUGAUCUGUUGCCAACCUCCUGCCAGCAUGUCGGCACUGGGCAGCCCUCAGCCUCAGUCACUGUGUGUUGGAUGGGUGGGGGGGGGCAGCAGCUGACACUGAACGCAUCAGUUGGUUGUGGAUCCAGAGGACUGGGUGACCAGCAGGUUUGGGGCAUAAAUGUGAGGACAGCGAGCGUGCUGAUGUGGAGUGUAUGAGUGGACACAGGACAAACACACACACACACACACGUAUCAUCUCCACAAGAAUGAUUGUAAAGCAUUUUCAAAAGCAGUUGUCUUUGUUAGGUUUGAGGGAAAGCUGGGAAACAAAAUGUCCAUCAGUCUGAAGAAGCCGGUUCAAAGAGCCGGUCCACAUCCUGGUCCACACACACACAUACAUACAUGUGUACCUGCAGUCGUUUCCUAGUCCGUUGACUGCGGCGACGGACACUUUAUAAAGGUUUAGAUGACAGGUUGUGUAAAUAUCAUGUGUUUGGGUAUGUGACUGGAGGCCAGGUGUGGUCCAGGCUCCGCCCAUCACCAACAUCCUGUCAGUGAGCAGCAGGUAAAGAGGCUUUGUGAAUGAUGACAUUGUUCUCCACGUUGGCUAAGGUCAGUGGUUUUUUAAGAUCGCUAGCUUUUAACCUCCAUAGCAUAGUAUUUUUUUAAAUAUACCAUCCAUAUUGGAACCAUGCUGCUGAGCAGAGCUUGUAUUGUAGUACUGGAUUUUUAGUCUUCAUACUUCUGGACCAGAACAUGAAAGUUCAGGUUUCACCUCACUGCUCUUUAUGAAGUAAUAUAACUAACUCAUUUAGUGAUGAAUGGGUUUGGUGUUACUGGCUGUCCAGGGUCCAUGUACCUGUAAACAGUGAGCAGUGGUUCUGAUUUCAUCGUCCUUAUAACAGCUGCUGAGGCUCAUGGGUACUGUAGUGUGAAGAGCACACAGUUGAAAUAACUACAACUGUUCGCAUGGUUUCCAAGAGACUUGAGUGCCAUUAUUAUUAAAUAAAAAUGGUCCAUAGAAAACCUCCAAAUUGUAAACUAUAAAGUUUGAGGCUGUUGAGAUGUUGUGAUACUCUUCGUGUCUGGUAAAUAAGCCGGUCGGUGUUUCAGAGUCUCCAGGCUGAGAGAACCAACAAUGACAAAGCUCCUCCAGAACCACAGAGACCUCGUACAACUGACUCCACAGACUGACCCUGACUAACUCGUUCUGGAGAUGAAUAACACAGAGUGAACUUAACCAACCUGGACUACGAGAGCAUUUAAUUUAUUUAGUCAUCAAUCACAGCGUGUUUAAUAGUGAUAACGAGUUGGCAGCUGCACAGGAAACUUGACGUGAUGUGGUCUUGAGGCCCAGUCCUGGACCAGAGCUGUUCAAACCUACUGUGGGUUUGUGAGAUGAUGCUGAUGGGGGGGGGACAAGCACCUCGGCCAGUAAGAGAGAAGAAAACCUGUCAGAUAUCUCCUGGAAAAGCAACACGGACACACACACACACUUGUCUCCAUCCGAGGACAAGAGGUCAGAGGUCGGAGCCAGUAUGGAGACAAAUCAGAAGCUGCUGUCUUGUUUGUUUUGUAUAAAUGUCUUAAAGGCCAACACUGUAUCAUCUCUAAUAAACACAGAGGUUGGACUCCAUG